AUGGCUUUAGUCUUGCUUACCCUUGCAACGCUCGCUACCUACAGACGACCAUGCACACGCCCCACGCCACGAUCUGCCGCCAACGGCUCCCGCUACAACGCAACCCCCUUCCAAUGCAUUCCCUCGUAUUUCGCUGUGGGCUACGGGCAUUGCUGUUGGAUGUUCGAAUGGUGGCUAUCUACACGACUACGGACGAAUGUCGUGGGCACUUGGAUAGCCUCUAUCCUUACGACUACAGACCCCCAACAGAGCUGGUGUGCAGUGUCCUAA